AUGAAACAAAAGGAAGCACUGAGUAGCGAAGUUAUAAGCUUGAGAGAGUCAAAGAUCGUAGAAGGGGAGAAACUAUGCAAGAAAUUGCUCAACACUAUCCUGGAGUUGAAAGGGAACAUCGUGUUUUGUAGAGUGAGGCCCCUUUUGUCCAAUGAUGGUGUUAAAAAUGAUGCUAAAGUUGCAUCAUUUCUGACAUCAACCGGAACACUGGGCCAAGGCAUUGAUUUGACACAAAAUGGUCAAAAGGUUUCUUUCACUUUGAUAAAGUGUUCAUGCCUGAUGCCUCUCAGGAAGAUGUUUAUGUGGAGAUCUCACAGCUUGUUUAGAGCGUACUUGAUGGAUGGAUAUAAGGUAUGCAUAUUUGCUUAUGGACAAACAGGUUCAGGCAAGACCCACACCAUGAUGGAUAAGCCAGGACUACCCGAUCAGAAAGGUCUCAUUCCAAGAUCACUAGAGCAGGUAUUCGAGACGAGGCAAAUUCUUCAAGCCCAAGGAUGGAAGUACGACAUCCAGGUACAAGGAGAACUUCUCUUGCUUGAGAUAUAUAAUGAAACAAUUCGUGACCUACUGGCAACAAAUAGAACAGGCUCGGAUGCAUCACGAGCAGAAAAUGCUGGAAAAAAAUAUGCUAUCAAACAUGAAGCCAAUGGAAACACUCACGUUUCUGAUCUAACUGUUGUGAAUGUUCGAAGUAGCAAGGAGGUUUCUUACCUCUUGGAAAGAGCAGCACGAAGCAGCUUUAGGUUGGUAGGCAAGACCCAAAUGAAUGAACAGUCUUCAAGGAGUCAUUUUGUCUUCUCCUUGCGAAUAAUGGGUUUUAACAAGACACUGACCAACAAGUGCAAGGUGUACUUAACCCGAUCGACCUUGCUGGUAGUGAGCGUUUAUCGAAGAGCGGGCUCAGUUGUGAUGCCAAUGCUGUUUCUACCCACAGCCGAUCAGGUCGGGCAGGGGACUUCGACUGCCGGUGACCAUGCAGCCCAUGAGAACGAUACUUCUCCGUGGGAGGAAAUGAGUAAAACUCCGGAAACUUUAAGAUGA